GAUUCGUCUCAGAAAAAGUUUCAGGGUCCCUGAGUCUGCAAGAACAAGGUUAGUUUCUCUGGACAUUUCUGGAGAAACUAAUCGGUUCUUAAAGUUGCCUUAGUAUUCAUUCAACCUGCUACGAUUAGCCUCUUUGUCGCGGCUAAUUGUAGCAGAGAAUUACAUAGAUUUGUCGUCCGGGAAACGUAGAAAGAAAUUGUAGCAAAUUUGAAUAUUUCUUCAAGCCAUGGAUAAGGAGGAGAUGGAAACAAUAAAUACAAGUUAUGAGAAGAUUGUCCCAAUUAAGGACCAGGAAAAUGAUGAACCUCAGGUCAACUACAGAGGGAUCAAAGCCAUGCCAUAUAUCAUAGGAAACGAGACAUUCGAGAAGCUGGGAUCUAUGGGGCUCCUGGUGAACCUCGUGAUGUAUCUAAGCAGCGUUUUCAAUAUGAAGAACAUACAGGCGACGACUCUCAUGAGUGCAUUCCAAGGCACGACGAACUUGGCUACCAUAGUUGGCGCUUUUCUUUCUGAUACCUACUUUGGGCGCUACAAGACCAUUGCAUUUGCAUCAAUUGCAUCUUUUAUGGGAUUAGCUGCAAUCAAUUUAACAGCCGCGGUGAGCUGGCUGCAUCCUCCCCCAUGUGGAUCAGAGGAGGUGUGCACCGGACCAACUUCAUUCCAAAUGGCUUUUCUGCUCUGUGGCUUCGGCCUAAUGGUGAUCGGAGCUGGUGGCAUCCGUCCCUGCAACAUGGCCUUUGGAGCCGACCAGUUCAAUCCCAACACUGAAUCCGGGAAGAGGGGGGUUAAUAGUUUCGUCAAUUGGUACUUCAUCACUCUGACAUUUGCUCAAAUGGUGAGUGUCACCAUCGUCGUCUAUAUCCAAACAGUGAUCGGCUGGUCCAUAGGUCUGGCAAUUCCCACCUUUUUCAUGUUCGUGUCAUGUCUACUCUUCUUCUUUGGAUCAAAAAUAUACGUCAAGGUCAAGGCCGAGGGCAGCCCGAUGACAAGUGUGGUUCGAGUCCUUGUGGUUGCCUUCAAGAAAAGACAUUUGCCACCUCAACCGUCCCAUUGUCUCUACAACUAUGCACCUCCCAAGUCUAUCAGUUCUAAGCUCCCCCACACCAGACAAUUUAGGUUUCUUGACAAAGCAGCUAUCGCGACACAAGAGGACAAAAUCAAUGCAGAUGGUACACCAUCGAAACCAUGGAACCUCUGCAGUUUGCAGCAAGUAGAAGCUGUAAAAUGCCUUAUCCGCGUAUUACCUAUAUGGGCCUGCGGCAUCAUCUACACAGCUGCCACAGCUCAACAGCACCAAUUUAUCGUCUUCCAAGCCCUGCAAAGCGACAGGCGUGUUGGCCACAGCGGUUUCAUGAUCCCACCAGCCAGCUACGUGGUCUUUGUCAUGCUCAGCUGCACCAUCUUCCUGACCAUCUACGACAGAAUCAUAGUCCCCCAACUCCGUAAAAUCACCGGAAAGGACGCAGGAAUCACAAUCCUACAAAGAAUCGGAUGUGGUAUCUUCCUCACAAUAGCAGUUUCCCUCUUAUCAGCCUACGUUGAAAUCAAGAGAAAGCACUUGGCUCUGACAGAGCCAACUGUGGGAAUAGCCCCUCAUCAUGGCCCGAUUUCAUCGAUGUCAGGACUAUGGUUAGUCCCUCAGCUGACACUCAAUGGAAUAGCUGAAGCCUUCACUUCAGUGGCCUUAGUGGAGUUUUACUACAAGGAGUUCCCGGAGAACAUGAAAAGCAUAGGAGGCUCAUUCUACUGCUGCGGAAUGGCUGCUGGUAGUUACUUCUAUGGCUUUCUCAUCGGAACGGUUCACAUGACCACAAAACAGACUGCUGGUGGAGACUGGUUGGCAGAAGAUCUUAACAAGGGCAGCCUGGAAUAUUUCUAUUACCUCUUGGCUGCACUUUCUGUCCUCAAUGCAGCUGUUUUUCUUGUUACUUCCAGUUGGUACAAGUACAAAGGGACCCCAGAUGAUGAAACUCUUUCAGUUGAGCUGGAACCUAAACAAAUGGAAUAAUCAAGCUAUUCCUUUCAAGCCUGAAUGCAUGUUAUUGUUAUUUUGGUAAUAUAAAGGUUCCUUCAUCUCAAUUACUUGAACCAGAGUUUUUUCUGGAUGUUUCUUUUUUGCUACUUAGGUUUUUCUGAAUAGUUCUUUUUCCAGGAUGACGUAAUCCAAAUGACUGAUUUUAAUUGGUUGGUUUAUA